CUAACGACAAAUGUGAGAGCCGCCACAAUGUCAGGAUAAUUGAAUGGUCAGACUGCAGUGAUCCACCGGGAUUUACCAGCACAGCAAAGGGGAUCCUCCUGACAGGGAGCCAUGUGAGGAGGAACCAAAGGGAGGAAACGGAGGAAGGGGAGGAGGAGGAGGGACGCUAUUUACUGAGAUCAUGUAUUGAAAUCAUCAGAGGGGACUGAGAGGGGAAGGAAGGCGGCAGAAACACGGACGCAGACAUGGGGAAGAAAAGCAAGAAGGAAAUGGAGUCCCAAGCCAAACACCUUCAAAAUGGAAAUUUAGGUGAGAAGGAAGAGUAUGAUGAGAAGAAGAAAAAGGAAAAACCGCCGAAGGAGCCCAUGGUCGGCCCAUUAUCUGUAUUCAGGUUUGCAGACAGCUGGGACAUUCUGAUGCUUUUUGUUGGGACUGUGAUGGCAGUAGCCAAUGGGGUCGUGCUCCCUCUUAUGUGCAUCGUCUUCGGAGACAUGACGGAUAGUCUUGUUAACAGCGCUUCAGCCAACAUCAGCAUGGACUACCCCAAUUUCACAUUUCCAGAAAACAUGACGUACCCAUUAGAGGAGGAAAUGACUACCUUUGCCAUCUACUACUCCAUCUUGGGAGCCGUGGUGCUAAUUGCGGCCUACCUGCAGGUGUCCCUCUGGACUCUGGCGGCCGGACGGCAGGUCAAACGCAUCCGCAAGUUGUUUUUCCACAGAAUCAUGCAGCAGGACAUUGGCUGGUUCGACGUCAACGAGACAGGAGAGCUCAACACGCGGCUCACAGAUGAUGUCUACAAGAUCCAAGAGGGCAUUGGUGACAAGGUGGGAAUGCUGAUCCAAAGUUUCAGCAGCUUUAUUGCCGCUUUCAUCAUCGGCUUCACCAAAGGCUGGAAACUCACGCUUGUCAUCCUCGCUGUUAGCCCGGCCCUAGGGAUAUCAGCCGCACUUUUCAGUAAGCUGCUGGCGAACUUCACUACCAAAGAGCAGAGUGCAUAUGCCAAAGCUGGUGCUGUAGCAGAGGAAGUGCUCUCUGCCAUCAGGACGGUGUACGCCUUCAGCGGCCAAAAGAAGGAGAUCGAGAGAUAUCACAAGAACUUGGAGGAUGCAAAAUCGAUGGGAAUUAGGAAGGCGAUCUCUGCCAACAUCGCCAUGGGGUUCACCUUUCUGAUGAUCUACUUUUCUUACGCUUUGGCCUUUUGGUACGGCAGCACCCUCAUCCUGAGCAAUGAGUACACCAUCGGAUCUGUGCUCACAGUGUUCUUUGUUGUCAUUAUUGGCGUGUUCGCAAUGGGGCAGACAUCUCCCAACAUCCAGACGUUUGCUAGCGCCCGCGGAGCUGCCUAUAAGGUGUACAACAUCAUCGAUCAUAACCCAACCAUCGACAGCUUUUCAGAGAUGGGCCAUAAGCCGGACCUCAUCAAAGGGAACAUAGAGUUCAAUGAUAUCCACUUCAGCUACCCCUCAAGGCCUGACGUCAAGAUAUUAGGCAACAUGUGUUUAAAAGUGACCAGUGGACAGACCAUGGCGUUGGUUGGCAGCAGUGGAUGUGGUAAAAGCACGACUAUCCAGCUGCUGCAGAGGUUCUACGACCCUCAGGAAGGAUCUGUUUCCAUCGAUGGGCACGACAUCCGCUCUCUUAAUGUGCGCUACCUGAGGGGAAUGAUCGGCGUGGUGAGCCAGGAGCCCAUCCUGUUCGCCACCACCAUCGCUGAGAACAUCCGCUACGGCCGACCCGACGUGACGGAGGAGGAGAUCGAAAAAGCUGCCAAGGAAGCCAAUGCUUACGACUUCAUCAUGAACCUUCCUGAUAAGUUUGAGACACUAGUCGGCGACCGAGGAACCCAGAUGAGCGGAGGACAGAAGCAGAGGAUUGCAAUCGCUCGAGCUUUGGUCCGAAAACCCAAAAUCCUGCUGUUGGACGAAGCCACAUCUGCCCUGGAUGCUGAGAGUGAGACCAUCGUUCAAGCUGCACUCGAUAAGGUGCGACAGGGUCGGACCACUCUAAUCGUGGCUCACCGCCUCUCAACCAUCAGAAAUGCAGAUGUGAUUGCGGGCUUCCAGAAAGGUAAAGUUGUAGAGCUGGGGACUCACAGCGAGCUGAUGGAGAAGAAAGGAGUCUACCAUACGCUGGUCACCAUGCAGACCUUCCAGAAAGCGGAUGAAGGGGAGGAUGAAGACGAUCUCUCGGCGGGUGAGAAGAGUCCCAUUCACGACAAUGUCAUCGAGUCGCCGCUGCUGAGGAGGAAGUCUACCAGAGGCUCGUCGUUUGCAGCUUCAAUUGGAGAGAAGGGAGACAAAAAACAGGAAAAGGAGGAUGAGGACAAAUCAGAAGAGGAUGAGGACGUCCCCAUGGUGUCGAUCUUUAAGGUGCUGCGUCUCAACGCUUCGGAGUGGCCUUAUAUUCUGGUGGGGCUGAUCUGCGCCACCAUAAACGGAGCCAUACAGCCUCUGUUUGCCAUCCUCUUCUCCAAGAUUAUCACUGUGUUUGCAGAGCCAGAUCAGACGAUUAUCAGGCAAAGAGCCAACUUCUUUUCCCUCAUGUUUGUGGUGAUCGGAGUUGUUUGCUUUUUCACCAUGUUUCUACAGGGAUUCUGUUUUGGAAAAUCUGGAGAGGUUCUCACCUUGAAGCUGAGGCUUGGGGCCUUCAAGUCCAUGUUGAGACAGGAUCUCGGUUGGUUUGACAGCCCCAAAAACAGUGUCGGUGCGCUUACUACCAGGCUGGCUACAGACGCAGCCCAAGUUCAGGGGGCCUCAGGGGUACGCCUGGCAACGUUCGCCCAGAACAUUGCCAACCUCGGCACCGGUGUGAUCCUGGCCUUCGUGUACGGCUGGGAGCUGACUCUGCUGAUUCUGGCCGUGGUGCCCGUCAUUGCUUUGGCCGGAGCCGUGCAGAUGAAAAUGCUCACGGGGCAUGCAUCCGAAGAUAAGAAGGAGCUGGAGAAGGCUGGGAAGAUUGCAACAGAGGCCAUAGAGAACAUUCGUACUGUCGCCUCUCUCACCAGAGAACCAAAAUUUGAGUCUUUAUAUCAGGAAAAUCUCGUAGUUCCAUAUAAGAACUCUCAGAAAAAGGCCCACGUGUACGGCUUCACCUUCUCCUUCUCCCAGGCUAUGAUCUACUUUGCCUACGCGGCCUGUUUCCGUUUCGGAGCCUGGCUCAUUGUGGAGGGCAGGAUGGAUGUGGAGGCAGUAUUCCUCGUGAUCUCUGCCGUCCUGUUCGGCGCCAUGGCCGUCGGAGAGGCCAACUCCUUCGCUCCAAACUACGCCAAGGCCAAAAUGUCUGCCUCCCACCUCAUGAUGCUGUUGAACAAGGAGCCCGAGAUCGACAAUUUGUCCGAGCGGGGCGAGUCGCCUGAUAUGUUUGACGGCAACGUGAGCUUCGAGGACGUGAAGUUUAACUAUCCAUCGCGGCCGGACGUGCCCAUCCUGCGGGGCCUGAAUCUGAGAGUGAAGAAGGGGGAGACUCUGGCCCUGGUGGGGAGCAGCGGCUGUGGAAAGAGCACCACCAUCCAGCUGCUGGAGAGGUUCUACGACCCCAGAGACGGCAGAGUGGUGAUGGACAGCAUCGACGUCAAACGGCUGAACAUCCACUGGCUCAGGUCUCAGAUCGGCAUCGUGUCCCAGGAGCCAGUGCUGUUCGACUGCACGCUGGCGGAGAACAUCGCCUACGGGGACAACAGCCGCAGCGUCACCAUGGAGGAGAUUGAGGCCGCAGCCAAAGCUGCCAACAUUCAUAACUUCAUAAACGAACUACCUCAGAAGUACAACACGCAGGCAGGCGAUAAGGGAACACAGCUGUCCGGCGGUCAGAAGCAGCGGAUAGCCAUCGCCCGGGCCAUCCUCCGCAACCCCAAAGUGCUGCUCCUGGACGAGGCUACCUCUGCUUUGGACACAGAGAGCGAGAAGGUGGUGCAGGAUGCCCUGGACCAGGCCAGCAAAGGCAGGACAUGCAUCGUCGUGGCCCACCGCCUGUCCACCAUCCGCAACGCCGACCGCAUCGCCGUCUUCCAGGGAGGCGUGGUGGUCGAACAGGGGACGCAUCAGCAGCUGCUGGCAAAGAAGGGAGUCUACCACAUGCUGGUGACGACACAACUGGGCCACGGGACGGAGUGAGAGGUGACUGAGAGCCACUCUCCGGCACUUUCAGAAGCACUUUGUGCCUUCAGAUUGAUGCACUUACACUGAUCUGUGCAGAACAACUUCAGUGGAGCAGCUGGGACUGAAACAAGCUUGCUGCGCCUUGUGAGUUAGGCUGUUAUCGGUUAUACUGCUGUGCUCUUGAUCUGCUGUUGUCACUUUAUAUUUUUCAAAGAGGGAAGAAAAAGUUUGCUUUGUCAAAGUAGAAAUAACUGGAUUGUAUUUGUCUUUUUCUCUCAUGAUGGACACAUUUUUACUGGAAAUCUAAUUUUUAUUCUGCUUUCAACAGUUAACUUAAAAUUAACUUAAACAGUGUUCGUGGAACCGUUCAUAUGCAUUAACUGAACUGCUUUAUGAAACACCUUCUCUCCGUAGGUUUCUACUUCAGGCUCCUUGCACAGAGGAGUGCUUACUUUGCUUUAUUUGAAUGCAUUUCCUGUUCUCCAUCAUUAAUGCCCUGAUUUUUGUAAGUCCAUCCUUUUUCCAGCUGUAGUUCAAGGUUUAUAUUUAUGUGUAUACCUGUUUUGAUCCUCAGAUCCACGCUGCAUAGGACUGAGCGGCAUACGUUGAAGCCGUUUUAAACACCGCUCAUCUCACACUCCUCUCUACAGGCACUUUGAGAUGAUCACCAUGCUUUAAAAAUCUAAAAAUGCUUAAUAGCAGAUCUUUGUUACAAAAGAUAAAGAGUAGUAAUAGACAGGAUAAAUGGGAUAAUUUUGGAGAAAGUGGUCCAUAUCAUUAUCCCUUCAUUUUAACAACCAUCUUGAGUGCCUGGUCACUUCAGCUGCUGUUAUUUUGUGUGUUAUAAGUUAAGAUUGGGGUCCACUGCUCUAACGUUUGGGUGUCUUUUUUAAUAAAUUUUGUUUGAAAAGGUGAAUAUAAACUGAAAUGUGAGUAAUAGCUGAUAUAAGUCCAACAUGUUGCACUGAAUAUAUUUUUAAAGUUAUACCUCUGUGUAGGACCUAUACUUUUCAUACCUGUUCAUUUUAGGGUGGAUUGCCUUUAAGCAAUAUCUGAUCUCUUAUGCAUCUUAAAGUGUAAUAUAAGGCAAGGUAUGUCUUAAAUACUGGGGCCACUGAUGCAGAGUCUAUAUUCAGAACUAAAUGUAUCUGGAUUAUUGAUAGUUCAGUGAUAUUUUGGGAGAAUGAAACAAAAUGUGCGAUGUAAUAAAAUUGUAUAUUCAAGCAUU